AUGGUUGAAGCUUUCACUGUUACGGAGCUAAAAGAAGCAGAAAUGAACUUGAUUCGACAGUGUCAGUCUACAGUCUACAAUGAAGUUAUUGAAAACCUUCGAUCUGGAAAAUCACGACUACCGCUGGUACGACAAUUACGACUUUACAUUGAUAGAGAGGGCUACAUCAGAUGUGGAGGUCGUAUACACAAUGCACCCCUUGAUGAAUACACCCGAUUUCCCAUCUUAUUACCAGCGAAACACCCACUUACGCGACUUAUCGUACUUGAUGCACACCAGAAACAGCUGCAUUCGGGUAUCAGUGCAACUAUAUGCCACUUACGACAACGUUAUUGGAUACCGACGAUACGACAAUGUAUCAAAUCUCUACUACGGAGAUGUAUAAUAUGUCGGAAGAUCAACUCACCACCUUACAGUGCUCCAGACCCACCACCGUUACCAGCUUACAGAGUAGAAAGUUCGCCACCAUUUACUAUCACAGGGGUCGACUACAGUGGUGCGCUGUUUGUGAAGUCAGAAACCGGAUUAGAAUCGAAGGCUUACGUAUGUUUGUUUACCUGUGCAGCUACCAGAGCUAUUCACCUUGAACUUGUGCAUGACCUCACCGAAAAUUCAUUUAUACAAGCCUUUAGACGCUUUGUCAGCAGACGUUCACUACUUAGAAUGAUCAUAUCAGACAACGCUGCAACAUUCCACGCAGCAUCUAACACAUUGAAGACCAUGUUCCAGUCCCAAACCUUGAGAAAUCAUAUAAACAGAUCCGGAACCGAGUGGAAAUUCAUUCCAACUCGAGCACCAUGGUUUGGAGGAUGGUGGGAGAGAAUGGUUGGGCUCGUAAAGACAUCCCUAAAGAAAGUGUUAGGUCAAGCAUUCGUUACCUUUGAGGCGUUACAGACGACACUUACUGAGGUAGAAGCUAUCCUCAACGACAGACCUCUCACAUACGUCACAUCAGAAAACACAGAUCCAGAGCUGAUUAUCCCAUCACACUUAUUAACUGGACGGAGAAUUACAGCGAUACCAUAUGCGACAGAUCCUAGCACCAUAAUCAGCAAUCAACAAUUAAUAACAAAACGAGUUCGAGUCCAGCGUGAGCUGAUUAAUCGUUGGUGGGCGAGAUGGAAGUCAGAUUACCUCACAUCACUACGUGAACGUCAUACAGAAAGUGGUCGUAACGAGCAGACGAUACGUAUUGGAGAUGUCGUGCAGGUGCACGAUGACAGUUCUCGGUUGCUAUGGAAACUGGCUGUGGUGGAGGAACUUGUACCCGGACGAGACGGACUGAUCAGGGCAGCAAAAAUCCGUACCGGAAGUGGGCAUACUACCAGACCAAUCGUAAGACUUUACCCUUUGGAUAUCAAUGAAAACGAGAGACUUUAA